AUGACUAAUAUUUUAUUCAUAAUCGAUUUUUGAACGUUGAAUAUAAAUUUAAAUACGGUUCCUCCGGUAGUUAAAAGUGAAGAUCUCUACAGGACUUACUGGGUUUAUCUUUGGCUCCUGGGCGUAGAAGGAAAAUAUCCACAACGCCUCUUAGUAGAUGUUUUAAACUCAGUUUUUAUCGUAUUUUGGUACCCAGUGCAUCUCAUUCUUGGACUUUUCAACAAGGGCAUUGUGGACCUAUUCAGGAGUCUGCAUUUCACAUCGGAGUGCUUCUUCUGUAGCUUUAAGUUUCUUUGCUUUCGAUGGAAACUUGAUGAAAUCAAGGCUAUACAAAAGCUGCUAACUGAGUUGGAUAAAAGAGCUGAAAGUGAGGAAGACCGAAGGUUCUUUGAUCAGAAUACUGCACGAGUGGCAGUAAUGCUGUCUAGGAGUUACUUAGUGGCCGCCAUUAGCGCUAUAAUCACGGGCACGGCAGCUGGAUUGUUCAGCAAUGAACGGAAGUUAUUGCAACCGGCCUGGUUUCCCUAUAACGUACAAGCUACUCCAACGAUAUUUUGGAUUAGUUUUAGUUACCAGGUAGUGGGAAGUACUCUAGCGAUCCUUCACAAUCUCUCCAAUGACUCUUAUCCUCCGAUCACCUUUUGUGUGGUCGCAGGACACGUAAAGCUACUGGCCAGGCGAUUAAGUCGCAUCGGACAUGAUAAAAAUAUUUCAAAAGCAGAGGCCACCAAAGAACUGGUCCAAAACAUUGAAGAUCACAGGAAACUAAUGCAAAUUAUUCGACUGAUGCGCAGCACUUUGUAUCUUUCCCAACUUGGUCAGUUCAUCUCCAGUGGCAUCAACAUUUCCGUAACCCUUAUCAAUAUUUUGUUCUUUGCGGAAAAUCAUUUCGCCAUCAUAUACUAUGUUGUAUUUUUUGCGGCCAUGCUGAUUGAACUGUUUCCGAGCUGCUAUUAUGGCACUUUAAUGUCAAAGAAAUUCGACCAAUUACCAUAUGCCAUAUUUUCGAGCAAUUGGCUGGGAAUGAACAAAGGAUACUGCAGGUCCUUGAUUAUAUUGAUGCAGUUUACGGUAGCCCAGGUGGAAAUAAAGGCAGGAGGCAUGGUUGUGAUUGGAAUGAAUGCAUUCUUUGCAACUGUUCGAAUGGCAUACUCAUUUUUCACCCUCGGUGUGUCACUUAAAUAA